CGGUGACGUAACAAAAACAUUGUCAGUUAAUAGCUAUCUUUAGAAGGAGACGAAAUGUCACGAACAUGCAUGGUUUAAUGAUUUGAGGGUUCCUUUGACGUUUCUAAUCUCUGUCUCCUAAAAAAAGACCCAGUCAUGGUGUCCUACAUCGUUUCACGCGCUAUUGUAAUGGUUCUGGGUACUCUUUAUCCGGCGUAUAGGUCUUACAAGGCAAUCAAGUCAAAGGAUACCAAGGAAUAUGUUAAAUGGAUGAUGUACUGGAUUGUAUUUGCAAUAUUUACAACUGCUGAAAUAUUUUUCGAUGCGAUUGUUGGAUUUUGGAUGCCGUUUUACUAUGAAUUAAAAAUUCUAUUCGUGUUGUGGAUUUUGUCACCAACUACGAGGGGAUCAAGUAUUUUGUACAAGAAAUUUGUGCACCCUUUCUUUACCCAACAUGAAAAGGAAAUAGACAAGUACAUUGAACAAGCAAAAACAAAUGGCUAUGGAAAACUGGUGCAAUAUGGUAAGAAAGGACUGGACUUAGCGGCAGACACCAUGGUAAAGACUGCAAUAUCGGGUCAGGAUGUGCUUGUGCAACAGCUUCGUCGCUAUCGAUCUGAAAGCUCUUUGGAAUCUUUUCCUGGCUUGAAUGAAGAUCUCGGUGAUGAAACACAUGAGAAAGGUGAAGGCACAACCAGAAAUUACAGACAAAGGCAUAAUGCUAGAAGAAAGAAAACGGUACAUCCUCCUUUUGAUGAAACAAGCGAAAUACAUGGAAAUAAUGAUAUAGAUGGAUUUGCUGAAACUACUAACUUAUUGGAUCAAAGUAGACUGCAUGCCGCAUCAAUGGACAAUGUUUAUUUGGGAGGUGGAAUGUAUGACAAUAUCCCUCAUCGACACUAUGAUGAAACUUCUCGCAUUUCUCGUUCCACAAGUGAUUAUUAUGAGGGUUCAUCAACUUUGCCAAGAAACUUUUCAACUCGCGGUGGUUAUAACUCAGAACAUUCUCGACAACCAUUUGAGACCUCAAGUCACGAUGCAUCUUUUGAUGAUUACACAUCUGGUUACAGAUAUGAAUCUUCAACAUUGCCUCGAUCGCGAGAUUCAAGCAGACGAUAUAACACUCGCAGCGGACGAUACUAAAAUGAAGAUAGCUAUUCCGUAAUGCUUCAUAUUCAUUCACUUUCAACCUUUUUAUGUUGGAAAAAUUUUUGUAAAAGAAUGUGAAUAGUAAUGAAGAGCAGUCCAGUUAGGAUAGAAGAUUAGAUAUGUUCACCAUCAAGCAUGAAUGAACUCCUUUCGCAAGAAUUUGACCAUUUUGUAAUAAAUUGAUCUUUCAAUAAAAGGUAACUUGUUUUUACCAUUUGAACUCACAAA